AUGUCUGUUGCUUCUAAUCCAUAUGGUCCAAAUCCAUCUGAUUUCUUAUCUAAUGUGAAUAAAUUUGAAGUCAUUGAAUCAACUUUAAGAGAAGGUGAACAAUUUGCCAAUGCCUUUUUCACCACUGAAAAAAAAAUUGAAAUUGCUAAAGCUUUAGAUGAUUUUGGAGUUGAUUAUAUUGAAUUGACUUCACCAGUAGCAUCUGAACAAUCAAGAAGAGAUUGUGAAGCCAUUUGUAAAUUAGGUUUAAAAGCUAAAAUAUUGACUCAUAUUAGAUGUCAUAUGGAUGAUGCCCGUGUUGCCGUUGAAACUGGGGUUGAUGGGGUUGAUGUGGUUAUUGGAACUUCACAAUUUUUAAGACAAUAUUCUCAUGGUAAAGAUAUGAAUUAUAUUGCUCAAAGUGCUAUUGAAGUCAUUGAAUUUGUUAAAUCUAAAGGUAUUGAAAUUCGUUUUAGUUCUGAAGAUUCUUUUAGAUCAGAUAUUGUUGAUUUAUUAAACAUUUAUCGUACUGUUGAUAAAAUCGGAGUGAAUAGAGUUGGUAUUGCCGAUACUGUUGGUUGUGCUAAUCCAAGACAAGUUUAUGAAUUGGUCAAAACUUUGAAAUCAGUGGUUUCUUGUGAUAUUGAAUGUCAUUUCCAUAACGAUACUGGUUGUGCCAUUGCUAAUGCUUAUACUGCCUUGGAAGCCGGUGCUAAAUUAAUUGAUGUUUCUGUGUUGGGUAUUGGUGAAAGGAAUGGUAUUACUCCAUUGGGGGCAUUAAUGGCAAGAAUGAUUACUGCUGAUCGUGAUUAUGUGUUAUCUAAAUAUAAAUUACACAAAUUGAGAGAUUUAGAAAAUUUGGUUGCUGAUGCCGUACAAAUUAAUAUUCCAUUCAAUAAUCCAAUUACUGGAUUCUGUGCUUUUACUCAUAAAGCUGGUAUUCAUGCUAAAGCCAUCUUGGCCAAUCCAUCAACAUAUGAAAUUUUAAAUCCAAAUGAUUUCGGUUUAACCAGAUAUAUUCACUUUGCUAAUAGAUUGACUGGUUGGAAUGCCAUUAAAUCAAGAGUUGAUCAAUUGAAUUUACAUUUGACUGAUGAUCAAGUUAAAGAAGUUACGAAUAAAAUUAAAAAAUUGGGUGAUGUUAGACAAUUGAACAUUGAUGAUGUCGAUUCAAUUAUUAAAGAUUUCCAUGCUGAACAAAGCACUACUAAUACUCCUCUUUUAAAACCAGUAGAGGAUGAUGAAGGUCCAGAAAUUAAAAAACAAAAAGUAUAG